CACCAAGUUCUCCGAAUGAAAAAGAAGCACGGCGGAGGCCGCCGCUCCCUUCUUGAAGGGGGUGGUGGUAGCCAACUGUUGGACCGUCUGUUGGUUCCUCGCAUAGAGCAGUAUGGCCUAAACAACAACUACACAGAUGUUGAUGAAGUUGCGGAUUACCUGAGGCGAACCUACAAGGAGUACCAGCGCCGUCAGCUGGGACCUUUCCGCAACAUGGUCACCCGUGCAAUCGGAGCCAUCCAGCGCAAGGGAGGCGUGGCGAAGCCGGAGCUACAGCUCCAGUCACUUGAGGCCCAGCAUUUGGCUGGGAAAUCGAGAAGCAAGUCAUCCGGCGCCAAGGAGCACGGCGGCAAUGCUGACAGCAGCGAUGGUGGCAGCAGCAGUGACGAAGAUGACAAUGAAGCAAACGGCGGUACCGGCAGCGGAGGCGAUGGCGAUGCCCCAAUGCGAGAUCGAGGUAAAGGUUCAGCCUCUGGCUCCGAGUCAGAUUCAGAACCCGAUUCAUCCGGGUCGGGCAGCGAUGAAACCAGCAGCGAUGGCGGCAGCGGUAGCAGCAGCGACCCUGAGCUCGACCCCUCACAUUCCCGCCUGAUGGCUGAGGCGGCCAACAAUGCUGCUGCGGCUGCGGCGGCUGCCAGCAAGAAGCAUAUGAACAACUCGUUGCUUAACAUGUACGCAAAGUCGAGUUCAGCUGCGACGCCUGCAGCUGCGGCACCACCGCCGGCAUUUGCGCCACCUGAUGUUGUUGCGGCCGCGGCAGCGCGGGCUCUAGCCAAGGAACGGGCGGAGAAGCAGGCUGCUGCUGCUGGGAAGUCGGGUGCUGCGGGGGGAGCAGGAGGCAGCGGGAAAGGGCAACAACAACAACAACAACCGGACCCGGACGGCCCCUCCACCAGCGGUCGCACCGCCGGACCCAACCCCACCGCACCGGUCGCCCUGCCCAACCGCGCCCCCAUCUCCCUCACCGCCGCCGGUGUCGUCGGCCCAUCAACCACGCCCGCUACUACCACCACCCCGGGCCCCGGCGCCGCCGCCAAGCGUCCGCGUGAAGAGGGCACCGACGGCGCCGCCGACGCGGCAGCUCCGCCGGCCGCACUCCCCAAGUCCGCGGCCAAACGCGCACGAAGGCUGACCGGUAUCGGCGGCGGCGCCACCGGCGCCGGAGGCGGAGGCGGCUUGUCCCGCGGCGGCGGCGGCGGCAGCAGCAGCGCCGUCACCGCCGCCAAGCCCGUGACGUACGCCGAUCUGGGCGGUGUGGAGGAGGUGUUGGCAGACAUCCGGGAGCUGAUCGAGUACCCGCUGAAGCACCCGGAGGUGUAUGCGUGGCUGGGGGUGGAGCCGCCGCGGGGAGUGCUGCUGCAUGGGCCGCCGGGCUGCGGCAAGACGGCACUGGCGAAUGCGAUUGCCAACGAGUGCGGCGUGCCCUUCCUGCGGGUCAGCGCCCCCGAGAUUGUGAGCGGCAUGAGCGGCGAGAGUGAGGCCAAGUUGCGGCAGCUCUUUGCGGAGGCGCGGGAUACGGCACCCUGCAUCGUGUUCAUUGACGAGAUCGACGCCAUCUUUCCCAAGCGCGAGACUGCUCAACGCGAGAUGGAGCGCCGCAUCGUGGCCCAGAUGCUCACCUGCAUGGACGACCUGGCGACUGCCGUACCAUCGGCGGGAGAGGGAGCGAGUGCUGCUGCUGCGGGGGGUGGUGAGGGGGCGGAGGAGGCUGCGGCGCCGCCGCCGCCACCGCCUCAUGUGAUUGUGAUUGGCGCGACCAAUCGGCCGGACGCCUUGGACACCGCCCUGAGGCGUGCGGGGCGCUUUGACCGUGAGAUCGCUCUGGGCAUCCCCACAGAGGCAGCUCGCGUCAAGAUCCUGCAGGUCAUCUCCCGGCGGCUGCGUCUGGAGGGCAACUUUGACUUCCGCGCCGUGGCCAAACGCACUCCUGGCUUUGUGGGUGCCGACCUGGCAGCGCUCACCAAGGAGGCCGCCGCAGUGGCCGUCACCCGCAUCUUUGCGCAGAUGACGAGACAGAAGGAGGAAGAGGCUGCCGCUGCUGCUGCCGCUGCAGUCGCGCAGGCCGCUACCGGGGACGCUGCUGCUGGUGCGGAUGCCACCACGCAGGCUGCUGUGGCAGCUGGGGCUGCUCUCACUGCUGCUGGGGCUGCUGCUGCUGGUGACGCCGCUCCGGCUGGGGGUGCUGCUGCUGAGGGUGCUGCUGCUGCCUCGGCAGCAGAACCGGUGGCAGCGGUCGUAACAGCACCAGCUGCAACGGCAACCGCAGCAGCACCAGCGGGGAUGAGGAGCAUCCACGAGCGCUUCGGCGGGGGUCCGCUUGGCCCCACCGAGCUGGCCGGCCUUGCAAUCACCAUGUCAGACUUCGAAGCCGCGCUGCCCAAGGUGCAGCCCAGUGUACGACGAGAGGGCUUCACAACCACCCCCGACGUCACAUGGGACGAUGUGGGCGCGCUGGCGGAGGUGCGGGAGGAGCUCUCGUUCGCGGUUUCGGAGCCGAUUCGGAAUCCGGAGCGCUUCGAGGCGCUGGGGCUGCCGGCCGCUACGGGCGUGCUGUUGUACGGCCCGCCUGGGUGCGGCAAGACGCUGGUGGCUAAGGCGGUGGCGAAUGAGAGCGGCGCCAACUUCAUCUCCAUUAAGGGGCCCGAGCUGCUGAACAAGUACGUGGGCGAGAGCGAGCGGGCGGUACGGCAGCUGUUUGCGCGGGCCCGAGCGGCGCACCCCUGCGUGCUCUUCUUCGAUGAAAUGGACGCGCUGGCGCCACGGAGGGGGACGGACAACAACCAGGCGGCGGAGAGGGUUGUCAACCAGCUGCUCACCGAGAUGGACGGAGUGGACAGCCGGCAGGGCAUCUUCAUGGUGGCGGCAACCAACCGCCCGGACAUGAUUGACCCCGCGCUGCUGAGACCUGGGCGGCUUGACAAGGUCCUGUACGUGCCGCUGCCGCCGCCGCAAGACCGCGUGUCCAUCCUGAAUGCCCUAGUGCGGCGGACGCCCAUGGAAGCUGACGUGGACCUGCGCGCGGUGGGUCUGGACGGCCGCUGCGAGGGCUUCAGCGGGGCGGACAUGGCGGCGCUGGUGCGGGAGGCUGCCGUACUGGCGCUGAAGGAGUCCAUGGCGGCGGGGCCGGGGGCGCCGGCGCCGCGUGUGGCUGCUCGGCACUUUGAGAAGGCGCUCGGACGGGUGCAGCCGAGUGUCAGUCGUCGCGACCGGAGGGCCUACGAGGCGUUGCGGCUGCGGCUCCGGAGCACCCGAUCCCACAUCCAACCUGACACCGACACGGCAGCUGCUGCCGUCGCUGCAACCGCAACGCCAGCAGCACCAGGAGCUGGGGCCAUGUCGGCGGAUGAUGACGACCGUACGACACCAGCUGCUGCUGCCGUCGCAGCGGCGGUGUCGGAUGAGGGCGAUGUCGUACUCCGCAUGGAUGCUGACGAUGACGGCGGUGACGCAUUGCUGGAGGACGCGACCGGGGGGGCGGGGGCGCUGGGAGCGGCGGGAGGG